CUCAAUUAACAAAGAUGGCUUUUUCUUCUUCGGUUCGUUUGUUUGCAACAGCCUCACUCUUGGUGAUGCUCCUCAUAGCCUCUGAGAUGGGUGCUGCUGCGAGUCUUAUAAAAUGCUUGAGGAAGAACUUGAAGUUGGAGGAGUUAUGUCUUCCAUUGAAUCCCAAAUGCAAUGAAGUUUGCAAGUCUGAUGGGUUUGCCAAAGGGAUCUGCAUCCAUUUCAUGUGCACCUGCAUCACGGGUAGUUGCUAACUACCUUAUCUAAUAUAAUAUUGCUUAGCUUCCUUCAACUUCACUCUUAUAAUUAUAUAUAUAUAU